AUGCACGAACUCAUUUUCCUUCAUGUUGGUGGCGCUGGUUCUCAGAUUGGUUUGGAAUUGUGGGAAUUGUUGGCGAGAGAGCACAUGGUUGGACCUGAUGGAAAGAUGCAACUCUCUGAGGUGGAUAGUAUUGAAAAUAAUAAUAUUGGAUCGGUUUUUGAUGAAAAUUCGGAGGGUGUUUUCUCAUCGAGAAGUUUGUUUGUUGAUUCGGAUCCUGAGGUUUUGGAUUCAUUGGGAGUUUCCUCUUCACCCUAUUCAAAAAUACAUAAGAAGGAUAAUUUAAUAAGAGGAAAGGAAAGUGCUGCAUCGAUUUAUUCGAGGGGAAAAUAUUGGAUGUACAAAGAAAAGAGUGAUGAUAUCGAGAAUAGAUUGAGAAAAUUAUUGGAGAGAUGUGAUUCGCCACAGGGAGUCAUGAUGACACAUUCAUUGUCUGGAGGAACAGGAUCUGGAUGGGCUGAAUCAUUAUGUACAAAAUUGGCGAAUGAAACGAAAAUUUCAACAAGUACCUUUUCAGUCUUGCCAUGUUCUAAAUAUGCCAAUGAGGUAGUGGCCUCCUAUAAUGUAUUACUCUCAAUUUCUGCAAUUAGAGAAGCAGUGGAUGCAAGCUUUUUCUUUGAUAACACAUCACUGUAUAAUUUAAGCAAAAUGCAUGGCUUGGAAAAUCCACAAUAUAAGGAUAUUAACUUUCUCAUAGCUCAAGCAAUUUCCAGUCUUACAUCUAGUCAACGAUUUGGAAUACGUAGUGGAAAAUCAAUGAAAUCAAUUUAUGAACAUUUGGUACCAUUCAAAAGAGUCAACUUUAUUUCGAAUCACUUUUCGGAUUUCACAGAAAUUGGAAAAUAUAAUCCUUCUGAAUUAGUAUCUGCUUCGAAUAGAAUGAAUAAUAUUGACCUUGCAUCAGGUAAAACACUUGCCUUAAAUGUUUCUUGGAGAGGUUCAGGAUACUCUUUGAGAAAUAUUAUUGAUACGAGCUCAUAUUUCCGAUCUCCUGAUGCUUCUUCAAUAUUUAGCAAAUAUGUCCAAACUAGUAUCAGCUCUUCACUCUCUAAAACUCCAAUCAUUAAUAAUGAUCCUUUCAAAUUUUCCAAUACUGCUCAUGUUGCACAUAAUACGACUGCCAUCAUGAAUACCUUUAUUGAAAUACAAAAGGCAUACAUGCCAAGUUAUACCAAACGAGCUUUUUGCCACUGGUUUGUGGGAGAAGGAAUGGAAUCAGAAGAAUUUCCAAUGGUACUAUUUAACUUUGAUGAGAUGAAAUCUGAUUAUGAUGAGCUAGAUGAAAAUGCUCAAGCCAACACUGAUGAAGAAUCAGAGGAUUAA